AUGGAAUCAAAAUCAAUGACAAUCAGCACUAAAAUAUAACAGUCUAAUUAUUCUGCAUUAUCAAAUCUACCUAGACAUAUUAUUAAUUAAAUUAAAAAUGAAGGUAUUAUAUAUAUUCAUUUAUUAGGUGAAAUGUAUAUUACAGCACCUCAAAAAUGCUCAAAAAUAUGGAUAGAAAUGAGAAAAAAUGAUUUUGUGACUGAUGCUUAAUUAAACUUUACUAUUGUGUAAAGAAUCUUUGAAGCUUGUAGAAGUGAGAUAGUACAAUUACUGAAACUGUAAAAUGAAAAUGAUUUCUUUGAUCUCUUUGAUUAAGAUAAUGAUGGGUAAGAAUUAAUUGAAUUCUCUUAGAAUGUUGAAUGAAGAUGAGUAGAUUCUAGUUUUUUCAGUAAUUAAAGAAAAAAUGCAUUAAGUAGCAACUGCUUUAUUGAAAAUAUAAGAAUAUAUAUUAUUCAAACAGUUAAUGAAAGAAUUAAGAACUUUAGAGGCAAAUAUAGCAGCUUAUUAAAAUUAAUUAAGAUAACGUAUAUCAAUAAAAGAGAGAAAAGUAUAUAAGGAAAUAGGAUAAGAAAAAUUAGAUGAUUUUUAUGAUAAAUACUAUUAAGAAUUUUAAUAACUAACAAAGUAUAAAAUUGAAAGAAGGUACUCUAAUUAUAUUAAUAAAGAGCAUAAUUAAAAAUAUCAUAAGAAAAAGAAUUAGGAAUAAUGGAAGAUCGACUCUCUAAAGAUACUGAAUUAAUGAAAGUUAAACCAAAAAAAAAGUUAAAGGAUCUAUAAACUCAAGAAAAGUUGGUUAGUUUGGAGGAGAGAGUAGAAGAAGCAUUAGAUUUUAGAAAAGAAUUAAAAGAUUUAGAGAAACAUGAAUAAGAUAGAGUGUAUAAAGUAUAAAAAUAUCGAAUUGAAAAAUAACAUAGUGAUUUAUUAUUUAAGUAAGAAAAGGAAAGAGAAUAAUUAGAGGGUAAAUUAUAAGAAACUGAAUAUAAAUUAAUCAUACAAAUGAAAAAAGAUUAUGAUGUUUUACUUAAACAAAUCAAUCUUCAUAAUAAUGAAAUAACAAGAAUUUAGAGUUUAGCAUCUAAUCAAGCAAUGAAGAAAGGAUUGUAUGAAGGAGAAGCUAAGAGAUAGAAAGUUUAAUCUUAAUUAUAAAAUACUAUCAUUGCUUAAACUAAAGCCAUCAGUUAACCAGAAUCCAAAAUUAAUGAUUUAGAUUAAUUUCAUGAAUCUGAAACCAUUAGAAAAUUGGAAUCUCGAAAGAGUCUCUAAUUUGUUGGUUCUCCUGGUAAAGUAAAUAACAUAUUAUAUCUAAGCCUGUGUUUUCAGAGGAGAGUGAAAAAAGUCCUAUGGGUGCUGCAUUUAAUGGAAAAACAAAGAACUAUUAUUAAAUCAGAAAAAUUAUCAAAGAUUCUAAAAAUAUUACUUAAUUUUAUAUUAAGAAGAAUUAUGGUGCUGUAUGUUAUUCGAUAUAUUUCAAAGGAUUUACCAGUUAAUUUUAUUAGAAGUGCACAUAAUAUUUAAGGUGAUUAACAUGAAAAGAUAGAGAGAUUUCUUUCUGUUAAACGUAAAUCUUAACAUGAACUUUUACCACCGAUAACUUAAUUGUAUGAUGAUGACAUGCAAGAAAAAGUAAUGUAUUUUUAAUAAACUUUAGUAAAUCAAGGCAAUAACUUAGACUGAUUAAGAAAUAAAAAGAGAAAAGGCACUUAAAAGAGCAUUUAUUAAUGAAAAAUUGUUUAGAAAUGAUUGA